AUGACCACCGCCUUCCCCUACGUGCGAUACGCCUGCCCCUGCACCGAAACGGCCGCACCACCACUGCUCGGAAAGCGAUCAUCCCAAGACGUCGAAGUCGAACAAGAUGAAGGCCUCACGUUCAACCCACACGACCAACGCGCCAACUUCUCGCUAUAUCCGCUCGACCAGCUACUGUUCUGCGACGAGUGCAAUCACACACGAUGUCCCAAAUGUUGGACCGACGAGAUGAUCUACUGGUACUGUCCGCAUUGCCAGUUCGAUGUACCGAGCAGCAGCGUCAAGAGCGAUGGUAAUAGAUGCGUGAGAUCAUGCUACAACUGUCCUGUAUGUUCGGCGAUCCUGCAGCCUUCAGCAUACACCCGCCCGUCCUCAUCCUCAACCCACCUACGCCCUGACGGAGCAUCCAGCUCGAGCGACUCGUACAUCCUCCACUGUCAAUAUUGCGAUUGGAGCACGCUUGAGAUCGACGUCAAAUUUAGCAAGCCAAGCAGGAUCACAGAACAGCUGCAAAAGGCGUGGAAGGCGAGAUAUGGCGCGAAAGAGGACAAGGACGAGGAGGACAAGAAACACCACGAGAGUUCUGCGUCCCAGCAUGACGCUACAUUUGCGAAUCUGCAGAAAUUCUACAAGGAUCAACUCAGUGAGUCAGGCGACCAGCCGAACAUGUAUUCGAACAGCCCCUACAGCUCCCCAGCCAAUCUGGCUCGGAUCAUGAACCUGUAUGGUGGUUUGUCGUACAACGCUUUGAAGAAGACGAGAGAGAAACCGCAGCCAAUGCGGGAGGCUGGUGGCCUACCAGAAGGCCUCGUCACCUAUACUGAAGACGGUAUACCCGGCGAAGAAGAGAUGAAAGACAAGCUCAAGACGCUUGGCCUCGAAGGCACCGCUUCCGAGGAGCAACGGCUCACCACACCCCACAACUACGACACUAGAUUUCAAGAUGAGCUUUGGCCGAUCGCCACACCAUUGAGAGUACGAAGAGGCAAGAGAUGCAGAACGUGUCGGCAAUUCUUGGCACGACCAGAGCAUAAGGUGGGAAGCAUGCGAUACAAGAUCCGUCUGCUGGCUCUGAACUACGUCCAACGACUAUCGAUAUCGCCUCUCCAGCCGACUGCCCCACGACAGAAUCCCUCAUUCCAGCUUCGACCAGAAACCCUACCAGAAGUAAAGGUCCAUCCCCACCAAACGCAACAAUACGUCCUCACGGUCCGCAACCCUAUCUUCGAAACCGUCAAAGUCACCCUCGCCACACCCGCCACGACCCCAGGAAAAGUCGCCUCCAAAGUCACCAUCCUCUGCCCAUCAUUCACUGUCGGCCCAGCAGGUGACAUGUGGGACGAAGCACUCUCCGCAUCAACCGCCAGCGACGGCAGCAGACGCGCCGCCAUGGCGUCCCUGACAGGCUCAUCAGCUGAGGGGGACCGCCAACCCGAAGCCGGCAAAGUGUGGGAGCGAUCACGAAACACGACUUCAGUGAUUCUUGAGGUCGUGCCAGGAGCACUCAAACCGCCGCCGAAGAUCGUGCCGGAUCCAAAAGACAACGAUCAAAAGGACGAAGACCUGGCCGAAGACGACGACAUUCUCGAGAUCCCCAUCUACGUCCGCGCAGAAUGGGAAGCCGUUCCCCACGACGCCGCCGGCCACGCCGACCACAAAGGCGAGCGCGAGAGCCGAGAAUUCGCAUACUGGUGUGUCUUGGGCGUGGCUCGGAUUGCGUAG